UGUCGUCAAUGGCGCAAAGCGCCGGGACGUCCUCGCAACUUUCCCCCACAUCCGAAUGUCCUUGUUCCUCUUCCUCGCGUCGCGGCCGCCCACGCCCACGCCACCGCCAUCCGCAGCUACCACCACCAUCACCGCGCCCUUUCAAAACCCAACCGAAAAAAAGCGCACGCAGCCAGAGCCGCUGCACGCACGCGGGCGCACCCACCCCCCACUCCUCCUCCCUUGCCCUCCGCGCUUCCGUUCCGUCCGCUCCAAGCAAGGCACCCGACGCAAGCGUGCCCCUCCCGCAUCCCCGAUGCCGGCGCUCGCUGCCGCGGCGGUGGCGGCGGCGGCGUGGGCGCUGCGGGCGGCGGUGUGGGCGUGCCUCGCCGCGUCGGCCAUGCUCGUCGCCGAGGCCGCGUACAUGGGCCUCGCCAGCCUCGUCGCCGCCGCCGCGAGGCUGUGGCGCCGGCCAGAGCGGAGGAGGAGGUACCGGUGGGAGCCGUUGCCCGGUGGCGGCGACGUCGAGGCGGGCCCCGCGGCGGCGGCGGACUUCCCCAUGGUGCUCGUGCAGAUCCCCAUGUACAACGAGAGGGAGGUGUACAAGCUAUCCAUUGGUGCAGCGUGUGCUCUCACGUGGCCACCAGACCGUAUUAUAAUACAAGUCUUGGAUGAUUCCACUGAUCCGAUUAUUAAGGAACUAGUGGAGCUUGAAUGCCUGGAUUGGGCGAACAAAAAAAUUAACAUCAAGUAUGAGGUUAGAAAUAACAGAAAGGGAUUCAAAGCAGGUGCACUGAAGAAGGGCAUGGAGCAUAUAUACGCCCAGCAGUGUGACUUUGUUGCUAUCUUUGAUGCAGAUUUCCAACCUGAAUCUGACUUCCUUUUGAAAACUAUACCAUUUCUUGUGCAUAACCCAAAGAUUGCACUUGUUCAAGCACGUUGGGAGUUUGUGAACUAUGAUGUUUGCCUGAUGACAAGGAUACAGAAGAUGUCUCUAGACUAUCAUUUCAAAGUCGAGCAGGAAUCAGGAUCAUUUGUGCAUUCGUUCUUUGGGUUCAAUGGUACAGCUGGUGUGUGGCGUGUAUCUGCUAUUAAUCAAUCUGGGGGGUGGAAAGAUCGCACCACUGUAGAAGACAUGGACUUGGCUGUACGGGCAAGCCUCAAGGGAUUUGAGUUCUUGUAUGUUGGUGAUAUUAGGGUUAAAAGUGAACUUCCAAGUACCUUUCAAGCCUACCGACAUCAACAGCAUAGGUGGACUUGUGGUGCUGCCAAUCUCUUCAGGAAAAUGGCAUGGGAAGUCGUUACCAACAAGGAGGUGUCAAUAUGGAAGAAACAUCAUCUGUUGUACAGCUUUUUCUUUGUGCGAAGGGUUAUCGCUCCCCUCGUGACAUUCUUGUUUUAUUGCGUUGUGAUCCCUUUGUCUGCCAUUGUUCCUGGUGUAAGCAUUCCUGUAUGGGGGCUGGUCUAUAUUCCUACUGCCAUUACAUGUAUGAAUGCCAUCAGAAAUCCUGGGUCUCUCCAUCUGAUGCCCUUCUGGAUUCUGUUCGAGAAUGUCAUGUCCAUGCACCGCAUGCGUGCUGCUCUAACUGGUUUGCUGGAGACUGCACAUGCAAAUGACUGGGUAGUCACUGAGAAGGUAGGAGAUCUGGCGAAGGAUGAUCUUGAUGUUCCACUCCUUGAACCAGUGAAGCCAACCGAAUGCGUUGAGAGGAUUUACAUUCCUGAGCUCUUGCUUGCAUUCUACCUCCUAAUAUGUGCCUCAUACGACUUGGUCGUAGGAAGCCAUAAAUACUAUCUUUACAUCUACCUCCAGGCCUUUGCAUACGUCAUAAUGGGUUUUGGUUUUGUUGGAACGAGAACUCCAUGUUCAUAGCAGCUUUGAUGAUGUUACUAAUCCCCAUUUUACAAUUUGCUACUAAGUACAACUGUACUUUGUGUGCAAGGUAAACCUUAUCUGAUGAUAGUGUUUGGCAAGAUACUGGGCCUUGCAUAGUCUAGGGAGUUUUAGAUUCCUAACAAGAAAAUUCCAAAUUCCUUAUUUACCACUGGUUACUCAGAAUUUUAUGAUUUGCCACUGGUAAACCCAUUUUCCCUGACAUACAUGCGUUUUCUCAAUUAUCGCCUUGUGCUAGUCUGCUAGAUGUAUUUGGUUGUAAUAGUCCCAUGGGAGAACUGAGAUAUAAUUGGGUAAGGAUUUCAGAUUCUGGGUUCAUAGUUGUAAUAGGACGAGAGGCGGGUUUGUAUCCUAGAGAUGCCAACCAUGGAUGUAUGACGAUGAAAGAUGGUAUUGAUUCUUGUAUUGAGUUUGAGACAGAGCAAAAACCGUUUUAUUUCGACUCUAUGCUUUA